GGGGCUGGGCAGCGUCCUGGGGAGCUGGUGCUCGGAGCCGGGCAGAGCAGGUCUCAUUUAGGGACAUCGAGGGGUGUCAGCUCCGUGUCCUGCGCAGCGAUGGGGACCGGGGGGAUGCCGGGGGCCGGGAGGCGCUGGGCCGGGGCUGUGCUGGUGGCACUGGCGGUGCUGGGAGCCCACGUGGCUCGUUGCACGGAGCCCCCAGAGCAUUUCAUCUACCAGGGCAAUUUUGACUGUUUCUACACCAACGGCACCCAGCGCGUGAGGCUUCUGGUAAGAUACAUCUGGAACCAGCAGGACUACGCUCACUUCGACAGCAACCUGGGCGUGUUCGUGGCCGACACGGAGCUGGGGGAGCCUGACGCCAAGUACUGGAACAGCCAGAAGGAGGUGCUGGAGUACAACCGGGGCGCAGUGGACACGUUCUGCCGACACAACUACCAGGCGAUCACACCUUAUUCGGUGGCCAGGAGCGUGAAGCCCAAGGUGAAAGUCUCCCCAACAAAAUCAGGGGCCCAGGCCCACCCAGACACACUGAUUUGCUCCGUGACGGGGUUUUAUCCUGGCGGGAUCGAGGUGAAAUGGUUGAAGAACGGGCAGGAGCAGACUGCCGGAGUGGUGUCCACGGAGCUGAUGCAGAACGGAGACUGGACCUUCCAGAUCCUGGUGAUGCUGGAAAUGACCCCCCGGAGCGGGGACGUCUACACCUGCCAGGUGGAGCACAGCAGCCUGCCGGGCCCCGUCACCGUGCUCUGGGAGGUGCAGUCAGACUCGGCCAGGAGCAAGAUGCUGACGGGGGUCGGGGGCUUUGUGCUGGGGCUGAUCUUCCUGGCGCUGGGACUCCUCGUCUACCUGAGGAACAAGAAAGGUGAGGGGCACGGCUGGGGUGCUGGAACCAAGUCGUUGUUGGGGCAAAAUGCUCAGCCUGUCGGUCUGUCUCCAGGCUCCCCUCCCUUUCAGACAUCAGUACAAACUGCCGUGGAGUCUGGCAGGGUCUUCCUGGUUUCUCACCUCCUGGGGCUGGGGCUGGAUCCUACUGUUUGUCCCUCCUCUAAGGGGCAGGGCAGAGCAGGGGCCGUGGGUAGGCAGAGCUGUCCCUGACUUGACUCUGGGCAU